AUCAAUCUUUUGUGGUUGCAAAGCCACUGGAUACAUUGUCCUCUUUUUGCUGUCCUUCCCCCGUCUUCAGGGAAGACUUCGCUUUUUCACAUUUGUUCUAGGAGGAAAAUCAAACUUCCCUAGAAGGAAGUUGUUCAGACCUUAAGUGGGUUAGGAGGAUGCUUAGGAUUGAAAUCACGCUUUAAUUUCACCCCAGGGUCAAGUAAGUGUUCACCAAAUGCUUUGUUGGGUUGUGUGCUCUCUGAUGUGGCUGAUUUCUGCCUUUGAUGCAGAGAGCUUCUCAGAGCUUCCUCCAGUGGACAAUAGUGUAUUUGUUGCAAAGAAAGUAGAAGGACAGAUUCAGGGGGUUUACCUUUGUAUCCGAGGCUACCACUUGGUGGGAAAGCAGUCUUUGGUCCUCAGUGGCCUAGAGGAAUGGGUUGACUCCCCGCCUGAGUGCCGCCUGGGCCACUGUCCUGAGCCUGUACUGGAAAAUGGCAACACCAAUUAUUCUGGGCCUGUGAAUACAAAUGACAGAAUCGUGUUUAAGUGCAAUGAUGGUUACAUCCUCAAGGGAAGCAAUUGGAGCCAGUGCCUAGAGGACCACACCUGGGCACCUCCCUUGCCCAUAUGCCACAAUAGAGACUGUGGAUCUCCUGGGAUUCCUAGCAAUGGCUAUUUUGAAGGAGGAUCGUUCACUGCAGGAUCCGUUGUUACUUAUCACUGUCGAGAUGGGUACCGCUUGGUGGGCACGCAGAAGCUGCGAUGCAUUGACGGGGACUGGAGCAGUUCCUAUCCUACCUGUGAGCCUAUUCAGGAAGAUCCCAGCCAGGCUGAACAGACUGCACUUAGGACAGCAAUUCUUGCCUUUCAGGAGAGUAAGGACCUUUGCAGCGCCACAGAGAACUUUGUGAGAAGCCUGAGGGAAAGUGGACUAAAAAUGGGAGAACUGAAAUAUUCCCUGGAGAUAAAGAAAACUAAGCUGAAGGCAGAUAUUUUACUGAAAUAUAGCUAAGCAAGAUGGUGACCGACGCACCCCUGUGAAUAAAGCGCUUCUGAGGGUGCUCUCAGGUUGUUCCUUACU